AGCGCUCGGCUUCAGCAUGAGGAGGUAGCUGCGGGCAGGCAGGAGCUAACCGUCGGGCGCCGUCUCUGUCUCUCUUCUCCCAGGAGGACGAGAGAUGCCCGGGGCCAAGCCAUGCCGCCGCCAGCACCGGCACCGCCGCGGCAGCCACGCGCUGCCCGCUCUCCUCUUCUUCCUGCUCUUGGCUUCGGCACGGACCUCCCGUGUGGAGGGCGCCUCCGUCAAGAGCAAGACCAGAGAUCUCCAGAUUUCAGCGGGGGACAGGAAGAUGCUGCUCGAACUCUUGCUCAAAGUCCUCGGGGACAGCAGCAGCCACCAGGCGCCUUCCCACCUCUUGGGGGCGGAACGGGUCAUCGCCCGGCGUUACACCAACGGCGGCGCCCUUUACGCCUCGCCGGCGGUUGAUCAAGAGGGCAGAACAACUUCGUCCUCCGCCUCUUCUUCCAGGGAACGAGUUGCUGGACACGCGCCCAGAUUCAUCUCCUCUUCCAGACACUCAGAAGUAUUUCCAAGAGACUCCAAUUUAAAAGACAAGUUCAUUAAACACUUUACAGGUCCAGUCACAUUUUCAGCUGAAUGUAGUAAGCACUUCCACCGGCUAUAUCACAAUACACGGGAUUGCUCAACACCAGCCUAUUAUAAAAGAUGUGCAAGACUGCUGACAAGGUUAGCAAUGAGCCCACUGUGUACCCAGCCUUAGGAGGCUGCUUAUGAUGGUUGAUUGCCACUCCCACCCAGCUAGGGCAAUAGUCACUAUGACUGGCAAAUCGCUACUGAAAAAAGCUGAUUUAGAUGGUUCCCCCGCCACCCCAAUUCUAUCACAAGCUUGUUCCUGUGGCUUUCUUCUGCAUCUAUUUCAGGACCAUGGAGAAGUCUACUGAUACAAAUAAGGUAUCCAUCAUUUCAAUUUUAAACACAACCUCAAAUGAUUUAAAUAAUAAAAUAUGUUGUCAGCACCAUUUUCAGACCAUGACACUAGAGUCUGGGGAAUAGUGUGGACAAUGUGAACAAUAACAACAAAAACUCUCCUUUGGUUAGUCUUAGGAAACAUUUAUUAGCACCUGAAGCAUACAAUUGCAUUGGCAACCAAAAUACAGACUUCUUUUAUUAACUAGGCAGAAGGAUCAUAACUAUAUGCCCUACUACUAAUCUACAUUUGUCCAUUUGAUGAUUGAAAUAAAAUCCACAUGCAUACAACUAUAUAUGCAACUUGCUUCUCGGCAUUCUGGGCCCCUGCUUUCUUUAGGGUUCUCAAAUGUCUGGGGACAGUUGAAUGUGCAUUUGGUUGUAUAUGCACUGGCUCUGUUCUUAUCUUCAACUGAAUGGAUCGUGGCUUGGGUUGGGGCCAGCAGAUGAUAUCAAUUUUCUUCCUUCCAUGUAUGCACUGAAUAUUGACCAUCAUCUGAAAAGGAACAUUGUCUAAUUUGUUUGGUUUGUGUAUUUUA